CUCGAGUUUCGUUCACAAUGUCUUCGACUAUCAAUGGCUCCUAAGAAGAAACGUAUAGUGAAGAAGUGUCCCCGAUGCGCUAGAAUAGUAGCCACCCGGAGCGAACGGCCAUGCACCUCCUGUAUGGCACGGGAAAGACGACGUUUACUAGCUGAAGCUGACGAUGAGGGUGUCGACUAUUCAGAGGGCCGAUCAGAAGAAGAGGGAGAAAUGGCCGCCACUAGGCCUGUGAUUUCACUGCAGUUCAAUAGGGAUGUCAAUGCAGCAGUUGAAGCUGAGGAAACAACACCAAACGCGGAGCCGGAAUUAGAGGUCCGGGAUAGGUCCCCACGGAUAGUAGAAGGAAUCCCGAGAGGAUCUGAACAGACACCUACUGCUAGUGAUUUCGAUACAGUGUUGGCCUCUAGGGAGAGGUAUAGAGCCGAGGCUGGCAGGUUACAGGCCAAAGUGCGAGAUUUGUCCGUUCGUCGAGAGCAGACAGUCGAACAGAAUAAAGCGAUGGAUGCGACUCUGCAGGAUCGAGCAAAGCAGAUAUCGCAAAUGCAACGUACUAUAGAUAAUCUUCGCUGUGCGGUGCUGCAAAGGAGAUUGGAUGCGGAGAAGAUACGCAAGCGAGCGUGUUGGAGCCGCAAUCGACUAACGAAGCGCAACGGCCAAUUGAUAGAAUACUCCGCUAAGUUGCUGACAAUACUUCAAGAGUUGCAAGCUCAGCUGAAGGUCAGCAACGCUUCGGUGGAGGCGAUCCAGGAAGCAGCAGAUGACCUCUCACUCUCUGCUAGGAACUCAGUCGUUCCUUCACAGGUUGUUGAUGGGCUCGUAUCGACAUUGCCACCGUUGCCUAGUUGGGAUGAUGAUGAAAAUGCCGAGGAAACUAACAACACACGCGAACAUAAUGACGUCACAGAACCAUCGACUUUGGGUGGUAAAGACGCACCUCAGAGACGCGUCAAGCAAGAAGAAUAAAGAUUGCUGUGAAGAGCACCUCCCCGACGUGCCUUGUGAGGAGUCCGUAGAUAAUAACGUCGAGGCUAGAGGCUAAUCCUCACUAUUAUCAUCGUUGAGCUCCAUCGGGGA